AAAAGCCAAGUGUGGGAGAGAGAGAGAGUGAUUGACUGAGUGAGUGAGUGAGAGGAGAUGGAGGAAGCUAAAACAGAACGUUUCAGUGAUAUCGUGUUUUCUUGGUCGCUCGAAGACAUUUUCAAUGAAAAUCUUUACAAGAACCAGGUGGAAAAGAUUCCUGAGUCAUUUCAUUCGGUUUGGCAAUAUUUUGGGUCUUAUAUACAUCCUUUAUUGGAAGAAACUCGAGCACAGGUGCAUUCAAGUAUGGAAACUAUUGACAGAGCACCAUUUGCUGAAGUGGUUGGUUUUGAAGAAUGCAAUCCUCAUGGGGUUGGGGCUUACGGGAAAAAUGUAUAUGAUAUCAAGGUUGAUUGCUGGAGAAACAGGUUCAGUAAUCUCGGCAAGGAGCCAUACAAAACUUUGCCUGGGGAUCUUUUUGUCUUAGCAGAUGCCAAACCCGAAACUGUUUCUGAUUUACAAAGGGUAUGGAGGUCCUGGGCUUUUGUUUCAGUCACUAAUGUCUCAGAAAAUGAGAACGAGGAUGAUACUACUUUUCUUUAUUUUAAAGUCAAGGCAUCCAAAGAGUUUGAAGUCAACGAUAGCACCCAUACAUCACUAUUUUUGGUUUUCCUGGUAAAUUUAAUCCCUAAUGGCAGAAUAUGGAAAGCAUUGCGCAUGUCCGGAAACCAGAAGAUUAUCAAAGAAGUUUUGUGCACCGAUUCUGUGAAUGAUGGCAUCCGGGAUAAGUGGUUAGUUGAGAGUUCAUCAUGGGGAUUGAAUGAGUCCCAAACUGGGGCUGUUUUGGCAUGUCUUGAAAUGCUGCAUUGUGAUUCCAAGUCUACUGUGCAACUUAUAUGGGGUCCACCAGGUACAGGAAAAACUAAAACCACCGCUACGUUGCUUUUUACUCUGUUACAGAUGAACUGUAGGACUGUUAUUUGUGCCCCAACGAAUGUUGCAAUAACUGAAGUUGCUUCUCGUUUUCUAAAGAUAGUAACUAAAGCAGAGUCCAAGUCCUUGUUCUGUUCUUUGGGAGAAGUUCUUCUAUUUGGGAAUAAGGAACGACUUAAAGUUGGUGCACACAUUGAAGAUAUAUAUUUGAAUUACCGUGUCAAAAAGCUAGGAGAGUGCUUGGGGCCAGUGACUGGUUGGAGGAGUUGCUUCGCUUCCAUGAUAGAUUUUCUUGAAGAUUGUGUUUCUCAUUACCACGUUUUCUUGGAAAAUGAGUUAACCGAAGAGAAAGAACAUAAUGGUGUUACUGAACUGAAAGAGAAAGAAUGCAGAAGUGACACUGAACUUAUCAAGGGGAAGUGCAAAUCAUUUCUUGAAUUUUUCAGAGAUAGAUUUGUUUCUACUGCAUUACCACUAAGAGAUUGCAUUUCUACCUUAUGUACCCAUAUAGCCAAAAAUUACAUUUCAGAACAUAAUUUCCAAAACAUGAUUUUGCUCAUAUGCUUAGUUGAAACCAUUGAAUUUUUAUUGGCCCAAAAAAAUGUUGUUUCUGAAGCAUUGGAACACCUUUGCUCUCGUUCAGAAGUUGAAGAUGUGCCUGAGUCAUUUGUAGAUAACUCAUUUCAGCUGUGCAUCCAUAUAAGAGAAUGCCUUUCAGUGUUACGUACUCUACAGGAUUCUCUUAGUAGACUUCACCUUCCAAAUGUUAGGAAUGAAGAAUCUCUAAUGGAAUUCUGUUUUCAAAGAGCUUCCUUAAUAUUUUGCACCGUGUCAAGUUCCUAUAAGCUGCAUAGAGUGGAAAUGGAGCCACUGACAAUUGCUGUUAUUGAUGAAGCUGCACAAUUGAAAGAAUGUGAAUCAACAAUAACCCUGCAACUUCCAGGUGUGAAGCAUGCUGUUCUUGUUGGUGAUGAAUGUCAGUUACCAGCUACGGUGAAAAGCAAUGUUUCUAAUGAGGCUGGUUUUUCUAGAAGCUUGUUUGAGAGGUUGAGCUCAAUGGGUCACUCAAAACACCUUCUGAAUAUGCAAUACAGAAUGCAUCCCUCAAUAAGUUUCUUCCCAAAUUCAAAUUUCUAUAAUAACCAGAUCCUAGACGCUCCAAUCGUUAAAAAAAGAAGCCAUGAG